CGAAAUAAAUACGUCGUUUAUAUUAAGUGUUCCUACUAACGGAAUUAGAAGCAAUGGCAAGCUCACAAACUCACCUUUAAGUUAUAAGUUCAUGAUUUCUAGGUUUAGUGAUUCUGCCAUCAUAAAUUCUCUAUAUAUAUAAAAUUUGUAUUUAUUAUCAUUCUCUUCUAAUUUUUAUUAUUUCACACGGGAUUCUAAUUGAGCAGCUUCAGAAACUUGGCAACCGCUGUUCUCUGUAUCACAAGGAUUCUAGUAGGAGUUCAAUUUCAGGGAGACAGAAUUUUUUCAAAGAGAUGUUGUUAACUGCCAGUACCAGUAUGAGUGCACCUACUUUGCCAAUAGUGGGAGCAGACGCUGAAUGCCUGAAGAAAUUCAAGCCAAUAGUAUCUUUUGGCCUCCAGCCGCUUGGCAUGCAGUCUCAGUUUAUUAACAAUGGAAGACACUUGAUAUGUCCUGUUCAAGAAAAGCGCGCUUCAGUAAUAUGUGUUGCUGCUCUGAGAGCCAGAUGUGCAACUAAAGGCCAGAUGCAGACUCUUACAAAGGAAAAUUCAACCAUUACAGUUGCACCAGGGAAGGAGAAAUCUCCUGAUCUCGACGAUGGUGGGGCUGGGUUUCCCCCUCGUGAUGAUGAUGGCAGCGUGUGGCGGCGCGGGGGCUUCUUGAAGGAUAAGGAGGAAGAAGGACCCUACCGGGACCAAAGAAGAAGAAAACCAGCAUAUUGA